UUCGCUCGAAGAUGGUGGUCUCAAAAUGUUUACAGAUAGAUCUGCGUUUAUACGGAUUUUAAAGCGCCUUCAACUCGUCUUUUCGCUUGCUGGUAGCUUUAAUAUCACUGCGUUGUUCCGUGGUUUUAUUACCCGGAAAUGCUAGGCGCAACGAUGGCAUCAAUCUCAGAUGGCUGUGUCAGUGAGCAGAGAGAUCCAUGCGCCAGCCCGCCGUGCAAAAGACUAAAGCAAGGUUUGGAAAUUGCAUUACCAGUUGAGUGUAUUGUCAUAGAAGACAGCAAUGAGUCUACCACAGGGCCCUCAACAAACGAAGCCUCGCAUGCUGAGGCACCGACCUUAAAUGAAACAACCACUAGUGAAAACCAGCCCAUAGAAAGUGUUAGUCAUACAGAACAAUGCAUGAGGAAUUCUGAUGUGACUUCAAUGGAAACAGAAGGUUUAGAGUCUCAAUUUGAACAUAAAAGUGAGGUGCUUCCACAGUUACCAGUUAUGUUGGAAACAAAAUCCGAUGUAAAAAGUAUUUCUGUGAACAAUUCCAAUGGUACUAUGUUGAACGGUAAUGGUGCAUCCAACAGUAGUAUGAAUGCGGAAACUAAUGGUGAUGAAAAGGAGGUACCAUCAUGUAUACCACCAAAAGUAAAGGACAGUGCAACAUUAUUGAAAUUUUUCAAACCUGUUACACCUGGUUCGAAGAGUACAAUUGUAGAAAACAUGAAGAAGACACCAUCAAAAAAUGAUGGUGAAACAGUAUUAAAAAGUAACAAUGAAGAUGUUGUAAUUAGCAGUCCAUGUUCACCAGUUAACACCUCACCAGAUACCCUAGAAAUGACAGCAAUUAAGAAAACACCAAGUCCUCCUCCUGCAUCAAGUGAUGACAAGACAACUCCAAGACGCAAAACUCCUGGACGCAAGCUGAGUGUUGAGGAGAAACAAAAGAGGGAGGAAGAAAGAUUAAGAAAGCAAAAAGAAAAAGAAGCGCUGGAAAAGGAACGUCUUGAAAAGAAGAAAGAAAAAGAACGUCUCAGGGAGGAGAGACUGAAAGAAAAGAUGGAGGCAAAGCAAAAGAAAGAACAGGAGAGAUCAGAACAACAAGAAAUGAAGAAACAACGAGAAAGAGAAAGGAUUGAGAAGAAAGAACAGGAUGAGAAGGAAAGGAAAGAAAAAUUGGAAAAGAAAGAGGCUGAGAAGAAGAAAAAGGAAGAUGAGAAAAAGUGA